GGCCAGCGGGAGGGCGGUGCUCGCGCCCCACGCCACGCGGCUCAGCCAAUGGGAGCGCGCGCCCGGAGGCUCUGUGGUCCGCGCCGCGGGUGCUGAAACUCCAGCGCCGACGGUGGGCUUUGGGCGCGCGCCAGCAUACCGCUCCCGGGCUCGCGAGGCCGGCGUGCGCUGCCCGGAGUCCCAGAGCGCGCACCCGACAGCCCCAGCCCGGCUGGCGCGCGGCGUCGCCAGGCCAGCAAUGGCUCCCGACCCGGUGGCCGCCGGGACUUCAGCUCAGGGAUCCAUCCCGCGCUACUUCACCUGGGAGGAGGUGGCGCAGCGUUCCGGGCGCGAGAAGGAGCGAUGGCUCGUGAUCGACCGGAAGGUGUACAACAUCAGCGAGUUCACCCGCCGGCACCCGGGGGGCUCCCGGGUCAUUAGCCACUACGCUGGGCAGGAUGCCACGGAUCCCUUUGUGGCAUUCCACAUCAACAAGGGCCUUGUGAGCAAGUACAUGAAUUCUCUCCUGAUUGGAGAACUGUCUCCGGAGCAGCCCAGCUUUGAGCCCACCAAGAAUAAAGAGUUGACAAAUGAGUUCCGGGAGCUGCGGGCUACAGUGGAGCGGAUGGGACUCAUGAAGUCCAACCACCUCUUCUUCCUGCUAUACCUGCUGCACAUCCUCUUGCUGGAUGUUGCUGCCUGGCUCAUCCUUUGGGUCUUUGGGACAUCCUUCGUGACCUUCCUACUCUGUGCAGUGCUGCUUAGUGUAGUUCAGGCUCAGGCUGGCUGGCUACAGCAUGACUUUGGGCACCUGUCAGUCUUCGGCACCUCUACAUGGAACCACCUGCUACAUCAUUUUGUGAUUGGCCACCUGAAGGGGGCCCCUGCCAGCUGGUGGAACCACAUGCACUUCCAGCACCAUGCCAAGCCCAAUUGCUUCCGAAAAGAUCCGGAUAUCAACAUGCAUCCCUUCUUCUUUGCCUUGGGGAAGGUCCUUUCUGUGGAGCUUGGGAAACAGAAGAAAAAGUACAUGCCAUACAACCACCAGCACAAGUACUUCUUCCUGAUCGGGCCCCCAGCCUUGCUGCCCCUCUACUUCCAGUGGUAUAUUUUCUACUUCGUUAUCCAGCGGAAGAAGUGGGUGGACUUGGCCUGGAUGUGCACCUUCUACACCCGCAUCUUCCUCACCUACGUGCCGCUGCUGGGGCUGAAAGGCUUCCUGGGCCUUUUCUUCAUUGUCAGGUUCCUGGAGAGCAACUGGUUUGUGUGGGUCACACAGAUGAACCACAUCCCCAUGCACAUUGAUCACGACCACAACAAGGACUGGGUGUCCACCCAGCUGCAGGCAACAUGCAACGUCCACAAGUCCUUCUUCAACGACUGGUUCAGCGGGCACCUCAACUUCCAGAUCGAGCACCACCUUUUCCCCACGAUGCCCCGACACAACUACCACAAAGUGGCACCCUUGGUGCAGUCGCUGUGUGCCAAGCACGGCAUAGAGUACCAGUCCAAGCCCCUGCUCUCGGCCUUCGCCGACAUUGUCUACUCGCUGAAGGAGUCUGGGCAGCUCUGGCUGGAUGCCUAUCUUCACCAGUAAGGAGCUCCUCCCUGCUGCACCUGAAGAGGAAGGGAUGCCGGAGCCAAAGCAGAGGGGCACCUGAGGGGCAGCGCCACUAUGAUUCCAGUGUUCAUGGGGGAGGGCUGGGGGACAGAAAGGUCAGGCUCCAACUUUUCCCUUUACCUUCUAGAUACACAUCUAGGCCCCCAAGAGGGGUGUAGGGACAUGCAAGUCCCCAGAAGGGGAGGAGCUGUUGGAGCAGGAGUGAGAGUCAGUUCUGUUGUUUCACUUUUCUACUUUGGCACAUGAAGAGCGGUGAACCGGGGGAUGAGAAGAGGGGACCUACUGAGCCCGCACCAGGCGAGUCGGUACUAAAACUGCACUCACCUAAGGGGACAUCUCCCUGGGCCACUUCUCUGUGACUUCAUCCUCCCUUGCUGACUAACCUCUGAGGGAGAGAGCAGCUGAACCCUUUGGGCGAGAUUUAGAAAGGAAGCAUUUGUGCAUAGAAUCCGGGGACCCGGCACACUGCCAGGGAGCUCAGCACCCACAUCUGCCCACAUCUGCCUUUGCUGCUGGAAGAGGCCUUUUUCCACUUUCAAAAACAACCAGGGCCAAGGCCAAGAUUGUGGUUUUGGAGAUAGAUGUGUGACUCUGAAGGAUCUUGGUACCACUGGUUUUGGUCCCAUGUUCCAUUCAAGGUCCAGAGGGAACAUUAGGUAGGGAGUUGCUGGCUGUUAAAAAUCACUUCGUUUAAUUCACUUCUAAUCCCCCACCCCAAGGAAGAGAACUCCCAGAACUCAGGGCUUGCUUCUUGCUCUAUCAGCUAGCAAGCAAAUGGCUGACUUGGUCUUUCCUUCUCCCCAGAAAUAAAUGGGGCUCCCAAUGGUUUCCCUUUGCCUCACAACCUGUAGUUCCAAGUUUAAUAGCAAUUGGUGAGCCCAAGUGACCAGUUUCCACCAUAAAGAGUCAAAGGGCUGUAAAUAGAAACAAUAUAUACCCUAAAUUAUGUGACAGCAUUUUCUAGCAGGAGUAAUGGGUUAGACUAAUCACUUCACAGUUCUAAAUCAGAAAUAGGAAGGUUGAAAACACAAGUUCGUGGUCAUUAUUGCUGCAGCUAGGCAUCUUCCUCUGUCCGCCCAGGAUCUUAUUUAUCUGGAGACCAGAUAGGGAUUUAGGAAUACCUCUGGUGAAGCCAAUCAGUUUAGCACUGACAUGCCAUUUUCUUCAUCUUCUGGUUUGUGAGCUGAACUCAUGUUUCCAGGGAAUGAACAUAGGAACACACCCCGGAGUCUUCUGAGGGCCUGGCGCCAGCAUUCAACCACCUUCCUCCCUAAGCCUGUGGCCAGCCAGGCCCUGGUUCUCCCUGGAGUGUCACAGUGCUGUGCUCAGGCUGCUCCCUCAGUCCAGCCAGGGCAUUAUUUCUUUGGCUCUUCAGUAGCAUCUCCCUAGUGUAUUGGCAUUUGGACACUGGGAGAAGAGAUCUCAAACUCGAGGGCAGAAGCAGAGCCCACACCUGGUGUUUUGGGAAGUGGGGCAGACCCUGGAGAGCUUGGCAGGGCUACAUUGUCAAGUGCCAGGGAGAGCAGGUCGCAGGAGUGCAGGACUUUCCCCCCUGGGCCCUGCAGAGAGCCCCAUUCAAGUCCUGGGUAGAAUUAGAAGCAGAAUGGAAGAGUGACUUUCACUGGCUCCCUCACUCCCGGAUAGGUGCUGACCCCUCCCCAUUCCUGAUCCCUCACACUUGACAUGGUGUGAUGUCACCAGCCUAUGGAGCCAACUGGCUUUGGGCCCAGGCCACCAGUCUUAGUAAACACCAGUAAACUUUAUUGUGCCAAGACCAGGUCCUCAAAGCAUCUGCACCACUGUGGCCUUCUCUGCUCAGCCCCCACCACUGGCGUCACAUGGCCACAGGGUAACAGAAGAUGGUUAGUGCUAAAGUGGGUGAUCUCAAACCCCACUGACAGAUGAGAAAACAGGCUUAUGGAGGAAAAGCCGCCUUGGUCACAGAUCAUGGCAGAACAUGUAAACUCACUUUUUCAAGUUCUGUGUUUACCUUUGUUAUUUUUAUCUUUCUACUACCAGUCUGGAGGCGUUUUCUGUAACCGGGCUCAAUGACAGCAUCUUUUUGUGUGCCAAUGUUACCAUAUCCUGAUGAAGUAAAGCUGAAAAAUAAAGUUAAUUUUGACCAA